GGGUCGCGUUUUCAUCGUCGUCUUCUCUUCGCAAAAUAAACAAUUUCUACCACAGUUGAAAGAGGCAGCUGAAAUCAGCGAUGCAGCAAGGAGAAUACAGCUCCGCUCCAUAUUAUCAAUUCCCUCAUCUCCAAAACCCAAUCCCCAACUCCAACCCCAACUCCAACCCUAGUUCUAACCCUACCGAUCCACCUCCAAACCUUUACGCAUCCGCACCUCCCUUCAGCUUCGGUUACUCCCAUUCCGAUUAUACCCCUUACACCCCCGAGCCACCCUCCCCAACCGCUCCUUCAUACCCUCCAACCUCUAACACCAACUUUCCCUCAUUCAAUUCUUCAUCUCAAGCCACUCCCUUUCCUCCUUUCGAGUCUCAUAUUUCUUAUCAACAGCAAUCUUAUUAUCCACCGUAUGAUCAGCAUCAAGCGGUUCCGAUUUAUGCCCCUCCACCAUACUCUGGAUCUUCUGUUCCUCCACACCUAACCUCCUUCGAUCACGGUGGCGCUUAUUCCGACGAUGGCUAUGGGAGCUUGAAUCGGAGCCAUUCGGAUUCAUACGAGAACCGGCGCGAUGAAGAUUACGGAGAGGGAGUGUUUGCUUACGAAGGUGGCAAAGUGGAACCGUACGGAGCCCGUGAUACUGAUCCGAAAUCGUCGAGUUGGUCCGGUUUUGAUGAUUACGGGAGAUCAAUCGGCUUUCCAUCUGAUUCAGGCAAGAUUGUGAAAGCGGUUCCCAAAGUUGAUGGUACCAAAGAAGAUGCCUACAGCGGAGUGCAAAAGUUUCGGGUUAAGCUUUUGGUGGAAACGGGUGGUCAGAGUGCUAUGGAUGUUCUCUGUCAGAUUGGUUUUGAUGGAAUUCGUCUGCUGGAUCCAAAUACCAGUCGAACAUUGAGAAUAUAUCCUCUUGAGAACAUAACAAGUUGUGAAAGAUUUGAUUCAUCUACCUUUGCAUUCUGGUCAAAGAGCUCGGUGGACAUUGAGCCGAGACAAAUCAGAUUGCAAUCCAAUAGUUACACUACCAACACGCUUUUGGAUACAGUAACUGCUGCUACCAUACAGUUCAAGGAAAUGGGUGGAAACGGGAGGUCUGCCGAAUCAUUGAAAACAAAUGAACAGCCUACAGAAAAAAAGAAAGGAUUUGGCGAUUGGAUGAAUUUGAUUAAACCUGCCAAUGAAGAGAAGGAUCAUUGGGUCCCUGAUGAAGCUGUCUCAAAAUGUACAGCAUGCGGAACUGAUUUUGGGGCUUUUGUUCGCAGGCAUCACUGUAGGAACUGUGGAGAUAUUUUCUGUGACAAAUGUACAAAUAGUAGAAUUCCUCUUACUGCUGAUGAGAAUGCUCCGCCAGUACGAGUUUGCGACCGAUGCAUGGCAGAAGUGACUCAGAGGCUGAGUAGUGCUAGAGAGUCAUCAAGUAAACCUGUGUUGCAGAGACAUGAGGAUCUUGCCAGGAAACUUCAGGAGGAGCUGGAGAGGAAUCGAAAGACAUCAGGCUCCAAGUCUGAUGGAUCUGGAAGACAGAUGAAAGAAGUUGCAUGUCCUAUUUGCACUGUGCAUCUUCAGGUCCAGGUACCUAGCUCCGGUUCAGAGACCAUCGAGUGUGGAGUUUGCCAGCACCCAUUUCUUGUGAGUGCUCAUUGAGUUCAUAUGUCAUUGAUACGGAUGAAGGUGUGUAUGUGUCAAAAUUUAAGUUUAAUUAUUUUACUGAUCAAUUUCUUGCAAAUGAACUUUUUUAUCCUGCCUGCGUUUUUUUUUUUUUGGGUCCUUUUAGCUUGGGUUGUAUAUGUUUACCUGUUUUUAAUCUUCCUGAAAGGAUGCCGUCCUUUCGUAUAAAAUAGACGCUGAACAUACAUGUAUGGCUGAGUUUCGUUGUAACUUCUCUGGUUUUAAAUGAUAUGGUAGAUCUUUCAAUAUUUGAGGUUUGGCAACUUUUACUGAUCGGAAGGUCAACCGAUCUGCAACCCAGGUGAUGACAACUAUACGUCUUUUGUGAUGGAUGAUUAGUCGAAUUUAAAUAGUUAUAUUAUUAAUGCACAACAAUAUUUUGGAGCAGAAUGAAAAUUGUAAAUUCAUAUUUUAGAAUGUUGAUGCCUGAUGGGGUUGUAGUAUCUUG